AUGUAUGCAGGGCACAUCGCUAACGUAGUCCGCGCGACCAACAGACUUUCCACUUCCGAGCCUAUCUACCAAUCCCCUGCGUCGACUCGACCAGCAAUUUUCCUGACAGACGCAGCAAUAGCUAGCAUAACCCAGACCACCUUCAUGGGGUUCCUUAGCCGGAAGAAGGACAAGGCUCCUGGGGACGAUGUUUCUAUCACGAAAAAGACAAAAAAGGGAAAGAAAGGCCAGCAGGAAGAGGUCACACCAGACUUUGAUUUGGGGUCAGCAUUGCCUAGCACAGAUGACUUCCGAACAAGUCUGAUCAUGCCUGGCCUGUCCACGCGCUUCAGCAUGCUAAGAGAGCAGGAUGAUCCGAGUUCGAAGAUAGGUAAAGCAAGCGACGACAGCGUUCUUACACCAAAACGAUCAUCUCGACUUCACGAAUUCGGCUUCGCCCCUGGUGGGCUCUCUGAUAUUGCAGAAGUAUCGUCGCUCAGUGGAUCAAUUCGGCCGCCCUUUGCCAUCGAACGCACGAACUCUUUCGACAGCGACAAGACUGGAGAUGAAUCAGGCAACAUGAUGAGCCGGGCUAGGCCUGGUGAGGGUAACGUCUUGUUCGGUGGCCGUCAGAAGAUCUACAUGAUCUCCAAUAAUAGCAGCUCGAAGGGUCCAGGACGAACACUCUACGACGACGACGUGAACAUGUCGGCCUACCAGCGCUUGCGCGCAGAGGAGAAGGAGAGGUUAAGGCAAGAGGCGGAGGCACUGAACGACCAACACUCAGAGCCAUCGAGCCCAACAACACUCAGCCAGAAGAGGGAGACCUCAUCUUCCACCAACUCUGGCCCUGAGAACACUCGCACGUCGACUGCCGCAACAUCAAUAGCAUCCCAAGGCGUCAGCGAUGCUCCUGUAACCUCUCCAGCCCUCCCUCCGUCAGCAGGGCCUUUCCCAACGGCUGAUUUGAACCGUUCAACAACCAAGGGACGAAGGCUUUAUGACCAAGGACUCGACCAGCACAUCCAAGAGCAGCAAUCAUCAGCCAUGAACAGGCUGAAUUCGAUACAGAGAGCUCGAGCGCCAACGGGACGAUCGACCCCGCCAAUUCCACUUUCCCAAACACGGUCUGCGACAAGUUUGAACGAUCGAUUCCACCGGGGUCCCAUGUUUCGGUCCGACAGCCCAAAUGCACUGGGACACCCUGGUGUCGUGAGAAAUAAUUCUCAGCUGUCUAGUGGCGGUUCCAGCCCGGUUGUGCCUCAAAUCCAGUCCCCUCCACCAGCCAGUCCGGUGAUCAGUGAUCACGAGGAGAAGCAGCCUUUGACCGCUGCUCUUCAGCAAGGCGAUCGUGGGAAGGCGACCGCAAUGGGUGCAUUUAACAAGCCUAAGGAGGCUUUCAGCGAGCAACAGUAUGCGGAGCGUCUGCGUCGCAUGCAAUCUGAGCGAGAAGCUCCUCGGGAAGUGCCUGGAUUCCCGGCUCCCGUCAUGGAGCCUGUACCUAACUCCGAGAAAUCACCUCCUAGGAAGCCAACCCUCAGGGAGCGUGCAGAGCAGGAGAGACGAAAGCGAGCUGAAAGCGUAGGACGACCAAGGUCAGAAUCCUCUGCAUCAUCCACCGAGCCAAGUCAGGCCACAUCAGGUGUUUCCGUAUUCCAGGCUGCUGCGAGCCGGAUGAAGGCUGCUGCCAACGCUGCGCAGGCCCAGCCAUCGACUGAAGCUGCACAGCUUCCUCAGCAGCAAAAGUCACCUGAUCAGCCAAUGGGUGCUACUUUCUUCACCGCUCAGGAUUCGAGCGACGAUGAAGAGCCAGCUCUGACAAGGCCCACCACUGCUCGCACUGUAGAGGCUGCUCGCCGUUUCGAGAACUUGCCUAUAGCGACUGGCCCAGCGCCUCCUAUCUUCGAGCAUCCUGCCAUGCGGUCUCGCAACGUUUCAGAAGAACAUGUCCCACAAGCAGCCUCUCAAGGUCCUAGCCCAAUGCUACCUCAAGGCCUGUCACCCAAACCUGAUCAGGUGGCAGACGGAGGAAUUGAUUCCCCUACACUAGGGCCCAACAAUGGAGGGCUUAGCGGUCUGAUCCGUCAACAUCUCCGCAGUGACAGCAAUGUGUCCUCCAAUUACGGUGAGACUGAUCAGCACACGGCUGCGCCCACAUCGGCUGCACCGGUCGGCCUUGCUAUUCAAACUCAAGACAUUGGUCUGCAGUCACGACAGCCGGGAUCUGAUUCUGCUACACCAGCGCCCUCUAACUACAGUCAUUCCAAUCCUUGGGAUCUGGACGACCUUGAUAAUCCCUACCGCAACGACCGUGGUUCCUUCAGCUCAGGCAGCCCUGUUGAUGGACAGCGAAUGCAACCCAAUAAUAAUGCCGGUUUGAGCCAGCAGUGGGAGUCGAGGAGGAACCACGAACGCAUCGCUAGUAACGAGACAGAAGCAGAACAUGAGGCAUUCCAGCGUGAUCUCGCUCAGCGCCAGCGCCUCAUUCAAGAAAACCUUCGCGCUAGGGCCGAGGGCCGCUCUACAAGCCCUGCACCUGGCCCAUCAGGUGGACUCAAGAACGCUCUGAAUAUGCUUCGCGCCAAGUCGAGUCGCGAAUCGUUUGCAGUUGUCGAAAGGCAGCAACCAGAUGUGUUACACAAGGGACUGCGAAAGAUGACUCUGGGAACCGGAUCAGGCAACGCCAGUACUACCUCGUUGGUCGGGUCCUACAUCGGCGAACACUGGAAGGCUGAGAUGCCUUCGCUGAAAUCAAAGUCUUCCCGCUUGGGGCAGCAGAAUGAGGAUGACUCGCAGCGUGGCUUGGAAAGCCGACAGCGGUCUGGAACAGACAGCAGCCGGAUGGGACGACCGGUGGGUCGCUCGCCUCCUAUGACAAGCAGGAGUUCCACUCGUGAGCGUUCUGGGUCUGGCACUUCGUCUGGCCGCUCACGAAGCCGUGCUGGCCAGUACCGCGAGGAUGUUGAGAACGCUUACCCUUUGCCCACUGACAGGCCGUCUGUUGACAGCCAGGGUCGCACGCGAUCGCGCAGCAACAGCUACUUCGAGUCGAAGCACUUGCACCCAAUCCAGACGAAUACCUCUCACCCUCCGCUUCCAGUCCCUUCCGGCAUUCCUCAGCCCAAGUACUCGCCAGGUAUGCCGAUUUCUCCAAGACCUUCUCCUGGCGGCUACAACAGCCCAAGCAUGAACGCUUAUCAGCCUCAAGCUUCGCCGGUGCCUCCUUUCUCUGCCAACCACACUCCUCCUACCUCGAACCCUACGACACCGAACGCGACUGCCUUCAACCCAGGCGCUGUUCAGCCACUCAUCAGACAGGGUAUGUUGCGCAAGAAGUCCAUUGCCAAAUCGGAGAUCUCAGAGCCCGUCUUUGUAUCCACCACAUCUGUCAUUGACACAGUCAAUCUUCCGGCCGGUGCAUCUUUGAAGAACGGUUCCGAGCCCUAUGUACCGCCUCCGGUCCCACCGAUCAACCCCAAGAGGCGUCGUUUCGGCUUUGGUCGUUCUGAUAGCGAGAAGUCUUCUGAUGGACCAACAAGCCACUCAGAUCUUGACGCUCCACGAGCGCCCUACGCUGAGCCAGCGCGCACAAACUCAUCUGACGCAGGGAGUCAAAUUCCGCAACCCAGGAACUAUCUCAGAAAGAGUUCGAGCGAGAGCAAGAGCCUCCACAGCAUGGCGCAAGGCCAAACUGGAGCUGUCCCAGCCAUGCCUCCUACAAGCUUCCUUGGACGUAACAACUCUGCUCCUCGCCCUAUUAACGAACAGCCCAUCGCUCAGCAGAAUAUGGAUGGUGCCAUGUUUUAAUCAUCCUAUUUCGAACUGCUCCUUGCCACAGGACAAGUCACUUCUGCCUACCUGUACUGGUAUGGCUCAAAAGCAACGCUUCUUCUCGACAGGGAUUCAGAUUGUCUUCUAUCUGAACUCUUACAUUUCUGCGUUUUGUCUAACUUAUAUUUGUCGUCUGCGAUCACGGCCUGGCUUUUGUCUCUUUCUUUCAUACUGCAAUAUACCUCACGGUCUGUCCUGUUUAGUGUUCUUGGAUCUCUUCAACGGUCAAAGAUAGGGUCAUUCGGAAUAGUACGGAGUCUCUAUACAUGCUAGAUUGCGACCUGACACCGGGCUGGACACGGUGUUUACGGAAACCGCUGGCUACAUUUCUUUCAUUAUACAUUCGGGAGGUCAACUGCUGUACUACUAGUCGAGCAUCUCUUGUGACUACUCUGCCACAUC